AUGCUUCCGUAUUCGCGCUUCAGAGGCUACCACUACAUACUUACGGUCAUCGAUGUGCUGAGUAAGUACGCGUGGGCCAUACCGCUUAAGAAUGUACAAACACUGAUGAAAAAGCAUACCAUUAAUCACUAUUCCACAUAUUCUGUUAUGAAGGCUUCAAUUGUAAAACGAUUUAAACGUACGUUGAAGAACGACAUGUGGAAACAAUUUACACUUAACGGAACCUACAAAUGGAUCGACAUAUUCCCGCAUCUUCUUAUGGAGUACAACGCGAGAAAACAUCGAACUAUCGGUAUGCGAUCUAUCAAUGUUACCCCAGCAAUCGCCGAUAAGCUCUUAACCACGGUGUACAGCAAUGUCAAGAUCGCAGGGUCAGCACGAUUCGAAGUUGAUGAUCCGAUUCACGCGGACAAUCUGUUGCUGGAGGAUUCUACGAAUACAAACUGCAUCGCGUUGCACAUCCAGACGUUGAUCUCGUGGAGAAAGUAUUACGCAAGAAAGGUUUAUGUGAAGUGGCUAAGAUUAGACAAGUCAUACAACUCUUGGAUAGAUAAAACUAAUGUCUUGUAA